UGUUUGUGUGUGUUUGUGUGGGGAGGGCGUUUCGAGGGAAGGCUGCCGGGAGCGCCGAGGCCGCGGCGGGGCAGGGAGCCCGCUGACAGACAUGGGGUUGUUUUUUCCGACCUCCCCUUGGAAACCUCAAGCUCCCCCUCAGGCACCCUAGACGGUUCCCGGGUCCCAACGGAAGGCCACGUCCAUGCCCCGUGUCCCCGUUCUGUCCCGGGAGUGAAACCGAGCCGCCGGGCGCUGUCCCAGCCCAGCGAGAGCGGGGAAUGCUCGGCUCCGCCGGCAGGCCGCGUUCCGCGCCUGCGCCCGCGCCCCCUCUGGCCUGGGUCCCGCAGAGAGAGCCGCCUGGCGGGCUCGGCUGGGGGAAGGCAGCCGUAGCCUGGGCCUCGGGUGAGGGCACUGUAACCGGUGGGAAGGCUGCGUUUUCACGAAGGACUCGGGUGAAGCUGCAGAGCUGCCUUUCAGCCCUGACUCCUUGGCUUCCUGGGUCGGAGGAGAUCUUGUAAUGGAGUGGUUCUUCGUCUCACACUAGCAAGAUGCCUGAUUUCCUCAGGAUCGAGGGAUUAAAGAAUGUCACGGGUUCCACUGGGGAAAGUCCUCCUGAGGAAUGUCAUCCGGCAUACAGAUGCUCACAAUAAGAUUCAGGAGGAAUCUGACAUGUGGAAAAUCAGAGAACUAGAGAAGCAAAUGGAGGAUGCUUACCAGGGGACCAGAAGGAACAUGGUACCCAGCAGCUCAAGUCGGAUGAGAAGUGAUGGUUUUGAUGAAGAAAGUCAGAGAGACUACUGGAGGCCAAAAAAUGAAAUUUCUGGGGCCCUGGAAGAUGAUUUUCUUAAGGCUAAAUCCUGGAACAAGAAGUUAUAUGAGUAUGAAUCCAACAUGCCAGACAGAUGGGGUCACAGUGGUUAUAAAGAGCUGUAUCCUGAAGAGUUUGAAACAGACAGUAGUGACCAGCAGGACAUUACCAAUGGGAAAAAAACAUCUCCCCAGGUAAAAGCAUCUGUCCACGAAUCCCACAAACAUAAGAAGUCAAAGAAAUCCCAUAAAAAGAAGCAGAAAAAACGGUCCCACAAAAAACAGAAGAAAAACAAAAAGGAAGCUAUGGACACAGCAGCAGAUUCCUCAAGUGAAUUCUCAGAAGAAACUGGAGCUUCUAGUACCAGGAAAAGGAAGCAACCACACAAGAGCAAGAAAAAAUCCAGGAAAAAGUCUCCUAAAAAAUCUUUACCUUUAGGGGGAGAAAGGGCUACUUCCCAGUCAGAUGAUUCAGCAGCUAGCAGUUCUGAGGAAAUCGAGGAAAGAGACACUAAGAAAACCAAAAGGAAAAAGAAAGAGAAAAGUGUUCAUGUUCCUGUGGUUAGCCCUGAAGUACAGGAGAGGACGAGCAAGCGCAGGAAUUGGAAAGUGGCUACAGAUGCAAGGUCUGCUGAAAGCUCAGAAGAUGACUAAGUGGGAAAGCAGCCAUCCUGCUCCCAUGGACUCUGGUUGUCUGCAACUCUUAACAGUGGGGUUUGCUAGUGACUCCUUCAGCACAGGAGUCAGAGGUCAGAGUUGUCCUACCACAGAUACCUUUUUUCCUAUUUCAGAUUGUUAAUCUCCAUCCCCUUUUGUUGUUAAUAGGGAAUCUGGUAUUUU